UCGGCUGCUUCCGGGAUGGAUACGAGCGAUCGCUUCCGGGUGGGAGGUGACGCGGCGCUUGUCCGACAUGGUGGCGGCGGGACUAUACUGUUGUGGUCUUUGCUUAUCCCCGGGUUGUUUCUCGGCGGAGCCCUGUGCCUCUGUUUAGUCGUGUUGCUGUGGGGAGUGCGGCUGUGGCUGCAGCACAGGAAAGAUCAGUCAGCCUCUACAGGGAAGGAUGGGAAGCGUCAGCUGGUGGUUGCCUUUUUUCAUCCAUAUUGCAAUGCAGGCGGUGGAGGGGAGAGAGUGCUGUGGUGUGCCCUAAGGACGCUGCAGAAAAAAUACAAAGAUGCAACUUAUGUUGUUUAUACUGGUGACAAAGAGGUCACUGAAGAAGAAAUUGUUAAUGGUGCUUUCAGAAGAUUCUGCAUCAGAUUAACUCAUCCUGUGAAGUUUGUAUUUCUAGAAAAACGCUAUCUUGUGGAAGCUUCUCUUUACCCACAUUUCACUUUGCUGGGUCAGAGUUUAGGAUCCAUGUUUCUUGGCUGGGAAGCUCUACUAAAAUGUGUUCCUGACAUUUACAUUGACUCAAUGGGCUAUGCCUUCACAUUUCCUCUAUUUAAGUACUUAGGAGGCUGUCAUGUGGGGUGUUAUGUGCAUUAUCCCACUAUCAGCACUGACAUGCUUUCUGUAGUUAGGAACCAGAAUACCAGCUACAACAAUACCGCCUUCAUUACAAAGAAUCCUUUUCUCAGCAAACUUAAACUUACCUAUUACUACUUUUUUGCUUUCCUGUAUGGAUGGUUUGGUUCUUGCAGUGAUGUUGUUAUGGUUAAUUCUUCAUGGACCCUAAAUCACAUCCUUUCCUUUUGGAAAUCUGGGGCUUACACUAGUAUUGUGUAUCCACCUUGUGAUGUCCAGACAUUCCUGGAUAUUCCAUUAGACAAGGAAAAGAGCACAGCAGGACAUUCCAUUGUGUCUGUGGGCCAGUUUAGACCUGAAAAAGACCAUCCCUUGCAAAUCAGAGCUUUUGCAAAGUUGUUGGAAAAGAAAACUCUGGGGCAACAGCCUUUGCUGAAACUCAUGCUGAUUGGGGGCUGUCGUAACCAGGAAGACGAGCAGCGUGUGAAUGGACUUCAAAAGCUUUGUGAAGAGCUAGGUAUCAAUAGAAAUGUGGAGUUCAAAGUCAAUAUUCCAUUUGAGGAGUUAAAGAAGUACCUGGCAGAUGCAACGAUUGGUCUGCACACCAUGUGGAAUGAGCACUUCGGGAUUGGAAUAGUUGAAUGUAUGGCAGCUGGAACAGUUAUCCUGGCUCACGAUUCUGGUGGUCCCAAACUAGAUAUCGUGGUACCCUAUGAAGGAAAUAUUACAGGAUUCCUGGCAGACAACGAGGACACUUAUGCAGAGACCAUGGCUCAUAUCUUGUCUUUGUCUGCUGAAAAGAGUCUGGAAAUAAGAAAAAAUGCUCGUCAUUCUGUAAGCAGAUUUUCUGACCAAGAAUUUGAAGUUACAUUCCUAUCAUCUGUGGAGCAAUUAUUUAAAUAAAUUGUAUGUGUAUGUAUAUAAAAAA